AUGUCCAGAUAUUGGGCACUGCUAGUACUCCACACCAGCCGAUUCGCCAACAUCGAUCCGAGGACUACCAGCUCACCAACAUACAAUCUCAAAGAACGACAUGACGUUCCAACAGAUUGGAGUCGGAUUCGACGAGCUGAUGAAAGACACGAAUUUCGACUAGAGAUUGGCGUCAAGCAAAGGGAUUUUGCCGGCCUAGAAAGGCGCCUGUUGGAAAUCUCUGACCCUUCGCACCGCAGUUACGGAAAGCAUCUGUCGGCGCAACAGGUCCACGAUUUUGUUGCACCACUAGAUGAAACCAUUGAUAAGCUUCAUGAGUGGUUGGAAUGGCAUGGUGUAAGCAGAGAUCAGCUGCAAUACAACCCUACGAGAGACUGGAUUACCGUUCCAAAAAUCACCAUAUCAAAAGCAGAAUCACUUUUGCAAACUAAUUACCACGUCUACCGGCGUGAUGGACAAGAAGUGGUACGAGCAGAGGAGUGGUCGCUGCCCGCAGAUCUCCACAACCUCAUUGACACGAUUCAUCCUACCAAUUCCUUUUUCAAUAUUCGAUCCGAAAAUUUAACAAACUCUGACGCUUCGUCAAGACCAAUAAUAUCAAUGAACCACUAUGCAGAGGAUCUACCCGACGGCCUGGCGAUAUUAAACGGUAUCGACGUUGCCAAUCCACCGCUUGAUCUCACGCCAGAACAAGUGUGUAAUAUCACCGCAGUUACGCCAUUAUGUCUUCGCACACUAUACGGAACAUUGAAUUAUACCGCAAGAUCAACGCAUAAAAAUAAAAUGGCAUUGUGCAACUUCUCGGGCCAAUUCAAUAAUCGAAGCGAUGCCCGGCAAUACCUCUCAACCUACCGCCCCGAUGCCGCCUCUGCUGCGGAUAGCUUUGGCAUUGUGGAAAUCUCGGGUGGUGAUAAUCGGCAAUUGGCAGCGACUGAAGAUCAAAUAAAAGAAGGGCUUGGGAAAGAAGGUGGACUUGAUGCCCAGGUUCUCUUGGGAGUCGGCCAUCCAACGCCGAUGAUCACAUAUACAACCGGUGGUGCUCCUCCCCCCUUUGUACCCGACUCAUCUACUACCGAAAACGACAACGAGCCAUUCCUUACUUUCAUCAACUGGUUACUGAAACAGACGGAUUUGCCUACCGUUCUGAGUAUAUCAUACGCAGACACAGAAUACACUGUUCCGCCAUCAUACGCGCAACGGGUUUGUCAAGGGUUUGCACAGCUCAGUGCUCGUGGCGUGAGCAUCGUCUUUGGCUCUGGUGAUUGGGGUGUUGGAAAUCCCACCCAAUGCCACGACAAGAAGGGCAAGUUGCGCUUUGCUGCAAGAUUUCCAGAUAGUUGCCCAUACAUUACAUCCGUUGCGGCUACGCGGGGUAUCGAUCCCCAAGAAGUGGGCUACAAUGAGAACAACCACUUUGUGAGCGGUGGAGGGUUCAGCGAAUAUUUUCCACGACCAAAAUGGCAAGAUGAUGCUGUCUCUGGAUACUUAUCGAAACUGGGUGGUCUGCACAGCGGUCUAUACAAUGCGAAUGGGAGGGCAUAUCCUGAUGUGGCAGCGAUGGGUUACCGCAUUGUCACAGUUUGGAACGGCAAGACUAAAGUCGUUGACGGAACGAGCGCUUCAGCACCGGCGUUUGCAGCGAUCGUUGCACUCCUAAACGAUGCCCGCCUAGCAGAAGGAAAACCUCCUCUAGGAUUUCUGAACCCCUGGAUAUACAAGGUGGGUUUACAGGGCGGCUUUCAUGAUGUUGUGAAAGGCAAUACAAGGGGCUGCAAUACAACUGGGUUUCCAGCGAUGAAGGGCUGGGACAUGGCGAGUGGAUUUGGCACACCAGUGAGUAUUCGAGGUAUGUCAAUUUGA